CAGGUGGAUGGGCGCUAGUGUUAACUUCGCCCAAUGUACGCCAGGUCGAGCGCGGACUAUGACAUGGAAUGAGCUGAACGAAUUGCCGCGGACAAACUAAUUGCACUGGUGCCUGCGAACUACCGAAAUUGUAAUAACCACUGGGUACCUCCUUGCGAGUUUGUUGCUCUACCGUACGACCGAAUACAGCGACGGUUGCAAACCAAUUGCAAGAAGGCUUGCAUAUUGCUGGGAAGAACGUAUAAUGUAAGCAUGGGCGAGUGGGCAAAACCUGUGAAGCCCAGGUACCGCGUCUGGGUAUAUAAUGGCUGGACUUUCUUAGGCCCAACCCCUACUGCAGAACCUGUCGUCCGUAGUACCCUAAAACUGUAUUCAUCAUCGCGGACGAGCCCCUCUUGAGUAUGCAUCAAGGAGCUGGAGCGCCGCAGCAUGCUCCCGUAAUUCUGCAGCAGGCGCGACCGGCUUACGAGGGCGAACAAGACUACUGGGACCAGCAAGAAGCGUUGGCAAAGGUCCCGCAGCACGGGUACACGCAGCAGCAACCGCUGCAACCGCUUACAGUCUACCAGCGGCAAAUGCUUACAGAACGGGCGGAACGAGCCAAGCAGCUCCCGCUGCAGCAGCAGCAACACCAGCAACAGCAGGGCAAUCCCGGUCCGCCAACUCCAAUCCCCAUCGGCAGCGCACCCGGUAGCCAAGACUACCAGCAUCCGCCUCAGCCGCAAUACCUUUAUGGGUACGGCUGUAUGCACAAUAGCGCUUGGCCGGGCCCCGCAGCCUCGAACCAGGACUUUGGCACGUGGUCCUCACAUCCCCUUGGCUACUACGACCAAGCGCAACUUCAGGCGGCUGGCGCCCCACCCUACGACGGCGCUCCUCCCGCCCGGCCACCGCAACAAGCACCUCCCGGAAUACCCACCGGCGGGGCGCCACCUCCACCUCCACCUCCCGUCAGCAGUGCCCCUGGCAGAGAACAAAACCCGCAGCAGCAGCCACCACCACAACACCAAACCCCCUCAUGCGCCAUUGCCGCUCCUGACAGCCUCAUGCACUCCCAGCCCCAGCAGCCCCAGCAGCAGCAGCCGGAUGACAUGGAGCGGCACGCCUUCCACGGCAUGACCCCGGGCCAGCAGGCAGCCUACAUGGAGCAGUGGCAACAGUACUACCAGCAGCAGCAGCUCCACUACUUCCAGCAGCAGCAAGGGCCGCCCUACGUUGCUGCAGAGCAGCAGGAGGAACGGGAAUCCAUUGCUGCGGCUGCCCCGGAUUACCAGCAGCAGCAGGCGUACCAGGAGUACGGUUACUACGAUGCAUAUGGCGGCCACAAACCGAUGUACGACAGGACAUAUCGGCAGCAGACAUAUGGACAGGCCGAUGCGCACCUGGGUUUGGAACAGCAGGCGUACAUACCGCCGGGCGCUGCAGGCGACUACCCGCACUACCCGCCCCACCAGCAGCAGCAGCCGUACGGGAUGGCUCAGGCGCCUGGAGCCACUGGGGCCUACCCAACGGCUUUCAUGGAACCAGCAGGUCCAAGUGAUGCGGUCCUUGGUGCGGCAGCUUCGACCACGGGUGCUGCUGUGGGCGGCGCAGGAGGCGCAGGCGGCAAGCGCAUCCCCGGCUGGCUGCGGGAGGAGAUGCUAAAGAGGCAGUUAGCGGCGGCAGCGAAGGCAGCCAAGGGGCCAAGUAAUGACGACGGAGGGAGCCCCACUGUGGAGCCGUCAAGGCGCGGCGUGGAGGCGGUCUCAGGCGGGGCGGCUGCGGGGGUCAGUGCCGGCGGAAGCCGGUGGGGUGGCGCUGGCAGCUGCAACGGGCUUCCUCCGGACGACCAUUCGAAUUCGGAUACGGACGAGGGGGCGGUUAUACGUCAGGAGAUAAUCAAUCGCGAGACCAAGGUCAACCUGACGCAGAUACUGCUGGAGGUCACAGACGCUCUCUUCGAGGAGGCUGCUCGCGAAGUUUACUUGGAGCGCAGCGCGGGGUCACCCUCCGCUCAGGGGGGGCCGGGGGUCAUCAAGCGGUCAUGCGGUGUGUCCCUGGUGGCAGCUCUGGGUGCUGCAGCCGACAAGCAGGGCAGUGACCAGGAAGAGGGGGCCGGUGGGGCAAAGGAGUUGCCCGGUGGAGCCCAAGCUGCGGCUGCGCAGGGCGGCGCUAGCGCUCUGGGGCUGGAAUACGGGUCAGACGAUGACGCGGAGAACGGAGGGGGCGAGGAUGGCGACGGUGCGGCGGCGGAGCCUGGGUGGAAUUCCAGUCAGGACGGGACGGCCGCAGAGGCCCAGGAGCGGGCUGCCGCAGCUGCGAUGGAGGAGCGGGGUGCCGGGCCCGACAGUGAUAGGAGGGAGCGACUGGCAGAGGAGCCCACAGCGCAGGUUUAUGCUGGUUCAGAGGCUUUAGGGGCCCGAGCGGAAGCAGCACCAGAUUCCCUUCAACAUCGGUCCUCAGCUCCUGCUGCCCACGCCGCGGCCGCUGUGCCUCCUGUCCCCACUCACCUGCCGUGCACUGACCAAGCAACGGGAAUCCUAGCAGCACCAGGUGCGGCGGCCAGUUGCGGCGGCCCCACCUCGCCGCGGGAACAGCCCGCUGCUUCCAAGGAUCAGCGGGAGCGAGGUGGCAAGGGCAGCAGGGUUGUGGAGGCGGCGGGGGCUGUGCAGCGCAGCCGGGAGGCCAGCGUCAGCAGGAGUCGAAGCCGCCGCAGGAGCACGAGCAGAAGUCGAAGCCGCCGCAGGAGCAGGAGCAGGAGUCGAAGCCGCCGCAGGAGCAGGAGCAGGAGUCGAAGCCGCCGCAGCAGCAGGGAUCGUCGAGGGAGCCAUGUGCACAGCCGGAAGCGUUUACGCUCGCGCAGCCAUAGCAGGGUCCGGAGGGAUAGCUUGCGCGAGCACGCGGGACGCGACCGCGAGAGGAAUGAAGAAAGGGACCGUGCGAAGGAGGGUCAGCGGGACCUUGGUAAAAAGCGGGAGGAGAAGCGGGAACAGGGCCGCCUGCACGACACACGAGGCAGCAGCCACCAGCGCGCACGCUGCAGCGACGGCUGGAGCCGCCCCGAGGAACACCGUGGCGAACACCGAAGCCGCGGUGGUGAACGGAGGGAGCUGAAGGGCCCACACAAUUACAGCCGCAGUCGCAGUCGCUCUGGCGACGAUACUUGGCACGGAUCCCACAAUGACGGUGCAUCGCGGAGCCUGAGCAGGUCCCGCAGCCGCUCAGCCCAAGACAAGGACCGGUGGCGCAGCCGGAAGGACUCGGGAAAGGAGCGGGAUGGGGCCAAGGAUAAGGACAGGGAAAUGGAGCGGAGCCGCAAAUCAAGCCGGAAAGAGGCGAAGGGGGCCAAGCGGGAGAGACGCGAUGAGCGGGAAAGUUCCGACAAUGGCAGGCUUGGCUUCGGUUUCUCAUGAUAGUAGCCGCUGGCCGGUCCCGCGGCGUAAGUUGCUGCCGGUUAGGGGACAAGUCGCUACGUGGGGCUCUCGUUAUGCAGUGGUGAUGGUGCCCUGCGUCGUCGGUGCCAACAUCCGUGAGCUGAGGAGUGGAAUACAGCGGGAAGGGCCUAGGCCGUAGUUGCACGCGCACUUACUGUAGCAUAGCCAUCGGGUCCUGCUACAUGGAGCCACCCGUGGACCCUGCUCGGACGUAGCUGGCUAACUGGGUUUGGCAGGUUGUUUCCAAACCGACGGCGUGUCACAAAUUGCUGUCGCGUCGUGCUACUACAUUAAGGAAGGCGUGCGCUCAACAAGGGGCAUGGGGGGUAUGGGGGAAGGGGCACCAGCCCCUUCCCCCAAGAUGUAAAAGGUGCC